AUGGAAGAGGGCCCUGAGGCUCGUGAAGAGACGAUGGGCUUGGAAGAGGAGGAGGACAAAGCCACAGUGGGCAUGGGCGAGCCGCUGGUCUGGAGCGGGGCUGGCCAGACCACAGAGCGGGAUCUGCUUGGCACAGCAAGUAAGACAACCUAUUCAAAAGGCAGUCUGAGCGCUCCACCUGACAGAACUCAGCUCAUCUGCUGCACAGACGACCUUGAUGAAGACACCUUCAAAAUUUGCAAAGAGUUUUUGAGACCUUUCAAAAAAUCACUUCGGAAGCUGUACUUGCCCCAGCACAUCACCAAAGUGAAAAAGUUGAAGUACACUAAGGAGAGCUUGACCUUACUCGGGGACCACAUCAACAUGUUUCUUCAGCAGCACUGCAAACCCUCGGAAGUCAAGCACUGGAAGAAGAUGCUGUGGAGAUAUGUCUCUCUCUUCUCGGAGAUGGAUGCGAGACAACUACACAGACUGUAUAAAUAUGCCAAGAACAACCAAAUGGAUAAGUUUCUGCGAUUAUACUGUCAUUCAGAAAACCCAGAUUCAGCUCCAGUACCUGAAGAAAAGCUGAGGAAGCUUUACGAUGUGUGGGGACUCCAUAGGGGUGCGAACGACGCGCAGGGACACCCUGCUCAAGGAGACAGCCGCCACAAACGCUCCUGCAAAGCAGUGCCCAGCAGCAGGACCGAUGCCUGA